AUGAAGGCCAUUCGCCGAUCUCUCAAGGGCGACAAGGAGCCCAAGCAUGCCCCGAGCCUGUCGAUUACGCCAAAGACGAUCCAGGCCCUCCCGCCCAAGAAAGUCAUCAAGGCCCUUUACGACUACCGGCCGCAGAACGGGAAUGGACAAGAGCUGGCCUUUCACAAGGGGGAUUUCUUUCACGUCCUGAGUCGGGAAGAUGAUACCGAGUGGUACGAGGCGUGCAAUCCGCUCAUCCCAUCUGCUAGAGGUCUCGUGCCCGUCGCAUUCUUCGAAGUCGUGGGCAAACAACAGCGACAAAGCGGAAAUUCCCUUUCGUCGCCUGGGGAGAAACCAGACGGCCACGAUUCCGGAUUCUCCGAGCAAGGCUCGACCAACUCUGGCCACACACGGUCCGAGUCAACCGCCACCACUAGACCCGCUGCGCAUCAGAGAGGAGCUAGUAUGACGGCAAGGAGUCCUGGGGCCAUGGUGUAUGGGGUGGUACUGUAUGAUUUCAACGCCGAGAGGGCAGACGAGCUUGACGCCAAAGCCGGAGAAGCAAUCAUUGUCGUGGCCCAGUCCAAUCCAGAGUGGUUCGUUGCGAAGCCGAUAGGGCGGUUGGGAGGACCUGGAUUGAUUCCUGUGUCGUUUAUCGACAUCAAAGACACCGCCACCAUGCAAUCGGUACCAGACCCUCUCGAGGCCGUCCGCAAGGCUGGCGUUCCCAGAGUGGAAGAAUGGAAGAAGUUUGCGGCCGAAUACAAGAACAGCAGCAUCACCCUGGGCAAAUUCGACAGUCCUCAAGCUCAGCUAUCUGCCGACAUGGCUCGAAUGAGUUUGCAGAACGCUGGUUCGCAGCAGUCACUGUCCAGCAACAACUACGACUCGCAACAGACAGGCCCACGAACGUCACAACAAUCGCAGAUUCCCCUUGCCCCCAUCAGUGCCUCGGUUCCGAGAUAUUGCUUCGACAACGAUAUGUAUUGGUACAUCAUAGAAUGCCAAAUGGAAGAUGGGCGGUGGUGGGAACUGUCGCGCUAUUAUGCCGACUUUUACGACUUCCAGAUCGCGCUGCUGGAAAUGUUUCCCGAAGAAGCCGGUAACAAGGGCAAGCCUCGCACACUGCCUUUUAUGCCGGGACCCGUGGCCCAUGUGACGGAUGCAAUCUCGAAUGGACGCCGCCAAAACCUCGACGAGUAUAUCAAGAAAAUUCUAGACAUGCCACCGCACAUCUCCAAGAGCAUGCUUGUGAGGAACUUGUUUAAACCGAGGGCAAAUCAAGACUUUGAGAUAGAUCCGAAUGCUCUGGGAGAAGACUAUCGGCUAUCUGGAGGAUCACAGCAAUCGUUGCAACCGGCUUCUCGGGCGUCUUCCAACCCACAGCAGCCUGGGACGGGUUAUGGUGGGAUGCCACCUCCGGGGACUCGGGCGUCACAACAACGGUCUCAGAUCCCAAUGUCAGCUGGGGUGGGAAUGGGGUUGGGAGGGCCGCCUUUCCUACACUCUCAGGCUAGUAACUUGACGCAGGCAUCCACCUCUUCAAGCAUGAAGGCCGCGAAUGCCGGUGGAGUGAUGAAGGUGAAGGUGUUCUUCCAGGACGAUAUCAUUGCGAUCCGAGUGCCGCAGGAUAUUUUGUUCUUGCAGUUGAAGGACAAGCUCAUGGAACGGUUGAAGGUGAAUGACGACUUUGUGAUUCAGUACAAGGAUGAAGCGACGAACAGCCUGCUCAGCCUGGAGAAUGACGACAAUCUGGACGUGGCGCUGCAGCGGAACCCGAAGCUGACCUUGUACGUCAACUUUGCUGCCGGUUGA